AUGUCUUCUAUUGGUAAAGGACGAGGACGUGGCCGAGGGCGGUCAACUCAGCCAAAAGAGCCCGAUGCACCAAGUGGCUUACAAGAUUAUUCCGCAUCUGAAACAGCAUCCUUUGUUUCACUACAAAGUGACAUCAGUGAUGCUCGACGGUCAAGCCUCGAAGAGACACCAUCUGAAGAGCAAUCUCGUACAGAAAAACCUCGUCGUGGAAAUCCACCCAAAGUCAUGCCAGGAGCACCUCGAGGUGCUGGCGUUCAGAGUGUAACAACAGACUUUGCAGCAAUGCAUGUUGGCGCAACCAGGAGUGGUCGAUCAAGUAGUCGAUCAAUGCCGUAUUCGACUGUAUCCGAAAAUCGGUCACAGAUCGGCGAAAAGCGAGGUGAAUCGGGUGAUCCGAUUAAUAUCAUCGCAAAUUAUAUAAAAGUUCUAACCAAACCUGAAUGGGAAUUAUUCCAAUACCAUAUAGAAUUUACGCCAGACAUAGAAAACAGACGUUUCCGACGCGAAAUUAUCAGUCAACAUCGUACCUUAUUUAAAGAUGUUGCAUUUGAUGGUACAACAAUCUACAGUUUCGAUGAUCUGGGCGAUUCACAAGACUUUGCUUGUCGUCACCCAUCAACGCCCGACGAAGUUCGAGUUGUUGUACGAAAAGUAGCACGAAACUCGCCUAAUUCACCUGCGUUUUUUCAUAUGGCAAAUCUUAUCGUUCGAAAACUUCUCGAAUUAACUGGCAUGAAAUUAAUUGGUCGAAAUUACUAUCAAUUCGAUCGUAAAGUUGAUUUAGACCGAUACAAUUUAACGUUAUUUCCUGGCUUUAUGACUAACGUGAAUAUCUAUGAAGGUUCAUUAAUGAUCAAUGUCGAUUUAUCUCAUAAGAUUUUAAAUAAAACUACUGUCCAUCAACGUCUACAAGAUAUAUUCAGUCAAUAUCAAGAUGUCAAAUAUGCACAAGACACAGCGACGAAAGAAUUAGUUGGUCAGAUUGUUUUGACAACAUACAAUUCAAGAACAUAUAAAAUUGACGAAAUCGCAUGGGAACGUUCUCCGAUGCAGAUGUUUCCAAUGCGUGACGGCACAGAAUAUUCGUUCUUACAAUAUUAUCGUGAGAAGUAUCAGCUGAAUAUCAUUGAUCAUACGCAGCCCUUACUAGUUAGUAGACCGUCUAAGAGAGAUCGUCGAGCUGGUGUUACAACUCCAUUUUUACUGAUUCCUGAAUUAUGCUGUGUUACCGGUAUUAGUGAUGUAAUGCGAUCUGAUUUUCAUUUUAUGAGAGAAUUGUCGAGUUACACACAUGUCGAUGCAGUCUCUCGUUACGAUCGUCUCCGACAAUUUGUUACUGACUUGGAUCAAAAUCCUGACUGUCAGGAAGAAUUAUCUAAAUGGAAUAUAAAACUUGACAAUGAUUUAAUCAAGUUCGAAGCCCGGGUAGUUGAUGCUGAAGAGAUCUUAUAUCGUGAAAAUAUUGUCCGAUAUAAUUACACCGAUAUUGGAGUCGUAAUUGUCGCAAUGUACGCCAUGUUAGUGCUAGACCACUUAGACAAUGGGUUGCUGUAUUUCCGGCAAGAGAAGGAGAAGUUGCAAGACGACUUAUCGAUGCACUCCACCAACCUACACUUUUCAUAUAUUCCUAAAGGAAUGCUCGUGGAAUUUCCGAUACUACGUCAAUUAGAAAAUGAUCGACCUGAACACUACUUACAAGCAUUGCAAGACUUUGCACCAGAAAAUACUGAUCUGGUAUUAUGUAUUUUAACUAAUAGUCGAAAAGACCGUUACGAUGCAUUGAAGAAAUUUCUUUGUCUUGAUAAUCCAAUACCAUCUCAAAUGGUUCUUACGAAAACAAUUGCAGCUACACGGCGCAAUCAACUCAUGUCAGUGGCAACGAAAAUCGGUAUACAGAUCAAUGCGAAACUAGGUGGGGAAAUAUGGGGUGUACAUAUUCCAACAAAAACUCUUAUGGUUAUUGGAAUGGAUUCAUAUCAUGAUUCUAAACGUCGUGGUGCAUCCGUUGGAGCAUUUGUAGCGUCGACAAAUCCGUCAUUAACAAAAUUCUAUUCUCGAGUUGUAUAUCAACGUACCGCACAAGAAUUAAUAGAUGGUUUAACUCGAUAUGCCUUAAGAGAAUAUCAUCGAAAUAAUGAUUGUUUACCAGAGAAAAUUGUUAUUUAUCGAGAUGGUGUUGGUGACGGACAACUAUCAGUGGUUGCUGAACAUGAAUUACGGCAAAUAAUUGAAACAUUUCCAAAGAUAAGCGAAGGUUAUGAACCUAAACUUGCUGUUGUCGUUGUGAAAAAACGUGGUAAUACACGUUUCUUUCAACAAGAUGGUCGAAAUGUUCAGAAUCCUCCACCAGGAACUGUCAUUGAUCAUACCGUUACCAAUGCCGACUGGUAUGACUUCUAUCUGAUUUCUCAGUGUGCUCGACAAGGUACAAUAGCACCGACGCAUUACAACGUCAUUUGGGAUCGAACGAACUUUAAAGUUGAUCACAUGCAGCGACUGACUUUUAAAUUAUGCCAUCUGUACUAUAAUUGGCCAGGAACAAUACGAGUACCCGCUGUCUGUCAAUAUGCGCAUAAAUUAGCAUUUCUAGUUGGUCAAAGUCUUCAUCAACAAUUCAGUGAAAGACUUGCUAAUAAACUUUUCUACUUAUAA